AUGAUUUUCCCAAUACUACGACUUCCCUAUCUUGUUCUAAACAAAAUUUUAGAUCAUCUCAAUGUUUUUGAAUUUUGUUCCUACCUAUCAAAAUACCAUCAAACUGUGUACUAUUCAACUGAUUUGGCUGCCUCGACUCUAACUUGGGUUAGAUUUCUAUCCGAGUUAUUCUCUGCUCAACCAACAUCUCUAUCUCUCACUUUUAACUGUUUCAAUACGGAAGAAAUUGAUAGAAUCAUGGAUUGCCACUGCUCGGUUACAAAUUUUGAAAUUAACAGUGAUAGCAAUCAAGAAGUAGAUCAAAAACUUGCGAUUUCAAUUCUAGAACGUCAAAAUGCCACGAAAGAGUUAAAGAUCUCUUUGAAACCUACUAACGAGACCUUUCAAUUCGAUCUCAAUUCAUUCCGCAACAUUCCAGAGUUUCUAGAAAUUGGACAUUCAUUUUGGGUCAAGUGGGAACAGGUUCUCGAUCUGAGAUCUAAUGCCAAUUAUAUUCUGAGAUCGAACUUUUUGAAUAUUCAUUUCAAAGACUUGGUAGAGAAGUGGAAGGGUGGCUGGACACCGAAAUGGAAUCGGAUUAUGAUUGAAUCAAACGAAAUUCUGGAUAUCGACUCAUGGAUUACAGAUCCAGUAAUUAAUCUCGGUCAAGAAGAUUUGGGAAACAUCAGAAAUUUAAUAAGACAAAACCAAAUAAUGCAUGCGUAUAAAUUCCACUUCAAAGAGAGAUACCCAUACGGAGAUAUAGUAAAAACCGGAUAUCACAUAACUCGUCAGGACAAAUCAAUCGCAACGGUUACCGUGGAGAAUAAUAAAAUCGGAUGGUUCAUUCUUCAAUCUGCUGAACCUGAUGACGUAUUCAUGGUUUAUUCACAUUUGAGAACUUAUCAAUGUAAUGAUCCACCGGGGCGCCCGGUAGUUUCUUAUUUCCCCGCUCGUGGGACACCGCUGUCAUAG